AUGUAUAGCGGUUACGGCUACACUGGAACUCGCGUGCUCGAGACGGCCUAUGGGACCAAGGCUUACGAGGUCUUCAACUUCUCGCAACAGGCGACCGUGGACUCCGACGGCGACGUUUGGAUGGUCGGCAAGGAGUUCCAUGCGGUUCUUAAAGUCCCCAAAUCUUCCCGUGGUGAAAGAGGCCAUCGUGAUGGCACCGGCCUCAUGGCGCUUUUCGACACACCAACCUCAAUUGGGGUGGAGGCCACCACGGGCAAGGUGAUGGUCUUGGACGGUGGGGACAGGCUCCGGCUCAUCACUACUCGAGAGACAGCCGACGACCUCAUAACCAGCGUUGUGACCAUCGUCAAGGGCGCGUGCCGGUCCAUGGUACAACACUUCAUAUUAUCAUCGAUAGUAAUCCGGGAAGUGUGGUGCCACACGCAGUGGGCUGCCAGCUCUGUACCACAGGAGCAGGUGGAGAUCUGGCAGUACCCUUACAUGUGCGUUGGGCAUAUCGCGACAUGUGGGCCUCGGAACCAUCCGGGAAUCUCUGAUAGGGAAUCUGCCUGGCUGCAGACCCUGGACAACUUCACACAGAGUCAGAACGACACUGCCACGAACGCUAACUUAGAGACUGGCACAUUCCUAGUUGACCAGACUGGUGCCGCAUGA